AAGAUAAAUCCAACCGUCACAUCAUAGGAAUACUCCGUAGGAGAUUUCUUUGGACUUACUGCGUACGCUUCUUCUUCACCCUUCUUAUACUCCCUGCUUUAACAUUGUUUUCCUUCAUCUAGUCUCUACUCAGAUUUCUCGCCAUUAAAAAGGAAAUGCCGCGUAAGGUAGAUAACUUGGCUGUGACAACAAAUGGGAAGGGAACUAAAAGUGUUGGCACUGGUGAGGUGAAAUGCAAGAGUAGUUACCAUGACAAGCAAAGUGGUAGUUACGGUCGUGUGACAACUAAGGAAUCAGUGUCUAGUGGGGAUUACACUAAUCGUGGACGAGUUGGAUACAAAGACGAAUACAAGGCUAGCUCAACUGUAAGAGUCGGUGACAAACGAGGUUACACUGAGUUCUCCCGGCAGGAGAAGUUCACUAGGGUCGAUUAUGGUGGGAGCAACAACACUAACUAUGGUGGAAACUUGAUAUGCGGUGGUGAUGAUGAUGCUUCUGAUAGUGAUGGAAGUGAUGAGGACCAUGGUUACUCCAGUGAUGCUACUGAUGCUGCUCAAGAUGAGGACAGUGUUGAUUAUGGUGACUCUUAUGAUGAUGAUGAUUCUUAUGGUAAUGAUGAUUCUUAUGAUGAUGAUGAUGAUGAUGAUGAUGAUGAUGAUGAUGAUGGUUGUGACAAUGAUUCAUACGAUUCUGAUGAUUAUUGAUCAAAUCAAAGUUGUGGACACCAUCACCCUCUUUUCUCCUAUCGCAAAUUCGCAAUGCUUAGCUUGUUUCGUUUCUUUGUGCCCUUGAAUCAGUUUCAGUUUGGUGAAAUUCUGGACUUGUUAUCUUUUGCUACAAGAGUAGACUAGUGCAUAGUACUCUAAGUCCUAACAGUCUUGUAUUUGUAUAUUACUCCUACCUGUUUUUCAUUCUGAGUUUUGUUUGUCUCUGUGACUGACUUAUGACUUGUAGUAGGGUUAAACCUUUUUUUUUAAAUUAGAACGUCUCUUUUUGCAA